AUGAGUUCAGAGACAGUAGCUCAUCACUACAACGCAGUUCAACAACAGGGUUUGGUUGGCCGCGCCCAGAGCAGAAUAUAUUAUCUCAGAAACCUGAACAAUUUCAUGAAAAGUGAACUGAUAAAUGAAUCACUUCAGUUGCUACGACAGGAGAGUGUUAACAAGUUGUUUCGGCCCCGGAUACUGGACCUUGCAUGUGGAAAAGGCGGAGAUCUCAGGAAGUGGAAAAUUGCUAAUGUAGAUAGUGUCGUGAUGGCUGAUGUCGCACAAGUGUCACUGGACCAGGCAAGGGAAAGGUAUAGUGAAAUGGCUCGAACAGAGCGGAAUGGUUUAUUUCCGGUUGACUUUGUUCAUGCAGAUUGUUGUAAGGAAAACUUAAAAGAAAAGAUUCCGGGCUCAGCAGAGUUCGAUUUGGUCAGCUGUCAGUUCGCGCUGCAUUAUUCGUUUAUUGAUGAGGAAUCGGCUCGUACUUUUCUACGUAAUGCAACGGAAACCUUGCGAGAGGGUGGCUUCUUGAUAGGAACUUUACCUGAUGCGGAAAGGAUUGUGUAA